AUGACUGUACCAAACGAGAGUUCCGAGGAUGUCAAUGACUUCCUUCAGCGCAUCCGGGAACUAGGCGAGCGUCGCGACAAAGAAGACGACGAGCGCACCAAAAAACUGGAGGAAGAGAUCUUGCAGGGCCGGAAGGAAAGGCAGGCUCGCCGAGCUGAGCGGGCACGAUCACUGGCCCUGACCGACGAUUCAUCAACCCUCAAUAUGGCGCGGCUGAGCGUUUCCUCGAUCAGCCCUGGAUCUAUCGACCCUCCGGAACAACUCGAGCCAACACCGCACACCCCGGGACCUGAGACUCUGACCAGCGCCGAGCCGAGGCAAGACAUGGAGGCCGACAUGGAAAAGCGGCGCGGGUCUGUGCCGGACCUUGGGAUGGAUUCUCCCUCGCGGGUCCGACCACCUAUGUCGCGCAGUCGUGCGGGGACCUUGUCAUGGCAGCAGCGCCCGUCUUCGCGGGAUAUUGGCAACAUGUCCCCCGGCUCAACAUCCCCAACACGCUCCCCAACCCGCGCAAGCCACUUGAGAACCCUGUCCACCGCGUCGGACGAUACCAAGUUUUCUCAACUCCAGUUUGGGUUCCCUCGGCCCUCCAAUGACGCCACUGUACUCCCUCCGUCGCCGGAUCGCGAGGCGAGAUCGAUUCCAUACAAAGUGAAGAAGGAAGAAACGGAUAAACAGACAGAUUUGGGACCGGACCAGCAAGAGGCGGGGGUUGGUCAAGAAUCACAUGCCGAACUAGAUACACUAGAGGCAGUGGAAGAGCGAUCAUCGUCGCCUCCGAGAACUGGUUCUCGUGAUAGCAACAUGAGCCACCGCUUCUCUGUGUCGUCAGUGUCGGCAACUGGGCUGGGCUCGCCGGUUCAUCUGUCAGAGGCUCCGAAACUCGAACCUCGACAGAAUGAGUCCUCAUUCGAGGAACCUGUGCUGCCGUCUCCAACUCAGCGACGGUUGUCACCCGAGCGGUCUCGGUCAACAUCGCCCACCAAGGGUCUGGGAGGGUUUGUCCAGAGUGCCAUGAUGAGAAGAUCAGAUAGUGUGUCAAAGAGAUGGAGUGCGCAGCUUCCGCAAGGGCUCGGACGGUCAAAUUCUAUUGUUUCAAAUCGAAGCAGUGUGGCAGGUCCGUUGAGUGAAGUAACACCAACUCUCUCCAAAUAUGGGCGAGAGCCUUCCACUCUCCAACGACCUGGCUCUAGCCACAGUGAGGCACCUACAGGUUUUACUGAACGACCGACCACACCUUCUGCACCCGCUCUCACCGAUCGAGAUAAUGCGCGCCUCGAAGGUAGCCCAGGCAGACCACCCCGACCUCUCCACUCCCGAUCUGCCAGCGCUGUCACUGCGGAUGGCACCGAUGGCCAAACAAGCCCAUUCGUUUCGAAAACCAUGGAUCCCAGGCGCUGGAGUCCCACCAAGGCUUCUUGGCUAGAGAGCGCUCUCAAUCGCCCUGAGUCCCCGCGGCAAAGCAGUAGACCCCCGUCGCAACCGAACUGGGCCAGGGACCGACAAUCUCGCGGGAGCAUUGAUAUGGGACGAGUCAGCCCGUUCAAGGAGGUCACUCCUCUUGGUCUGAUGCGGACACCUCCACCAGGCACUCAGUUCAAAACAUCUGGUGUCUCUGGUCCUUCGCUUCCUGCAAGCCCUACCAAGGGUGCUGUGCCUGAUUCCCCGGCAGAAUUUCCUUUCAAGAAAUCUAGCAUUUCCGGUCAUUCAGUUCCCCCAAGCCCUACUAAGGACGUCAUUCCAGAAUCUCCCUCUGAAUUCCCUCUCAAGAGGCCUAGCAUCUCUGGUCCAUCGAUGCCUUCAAGCCCUCUUAAGGAGACACUCCCCGAGUCUCCCUCAGCGGUUUCCCCCAAGAAGUCAACUUUCUCCGGAACAUCCGCCACAGGCAGCCCUGGAGGCAGAACCAAAGAAGCAGCGCCCGAGUCUCCCCUGGGAGUCGCCUUCAAAAAGCCCAGUAUAUCGGGUUCAUCAAUUCACAGAAACUCCGCCACUUCGGCGGAUUUCCCAUUGAAAAAAUCCAGCAUCUCUGGGUCUUCAGUUUCCGGAGGAAUUACGAAUGAUACUGCUCCCGAAUCUUCAUCGACUUCCCCAUUCAAGAGGCCCAGUAUCUCGGGGCCCUCGAUCCCGAGCACCCCCGAACGAAAAGCGAAGGAGACAGUCCCGGAAUCGCCGCUGAUGCUUGGUCUCGAAUCUCCCGAGAAGGUGCUUCCGGAGCCGUCGUCGCACGUCGAACAAGCUUCAGAGUCCCUUGAAGGAGGUGCACCGACAGAAGAGCCCAAGUCUGCCUCACCCAAUGCAGUGGUGGCUGAAUCGCAAGACACACUGAAAUCUACAGAGCCUGAGACCACACCCGAGCCUCAAUCUACCCCCACUCGCAGGGAGCCUCCCGACUCGUUGAGCCCCAAACCGAACUUCUCUUUGUCGACUUCCUCGCGCGGACGCAUUUCCCCACAAGUGAAGCCUGCGCAGCCUCCCCUGGUGGACUUCCGAGCAAACCUUCGAAAACGCGAAGUUGUCAAAGAUACCGCCAACAAUGAAGAACCUGAGUUCAAGAACGUCUUUGGGCGCCUCAAAAAGACCGAAACCCGACAUUAUGUUGCUCCCGAUGAACUCAAGGGAAACAUCCUGCGCGGUAAAGCUGCUUUGAAUACCACAGGCGGCCCAAAGAAGACCGAGCGAGUCGACGAGUUCAGGAAUAGUCUUGUUUCACGCAAAGAAGAAAUGAAAGCCAGCGGAGGCUCCAUCCGACGGAAUACUGCUGGAGAGAAGGAUAGACCGAAACCAGCCGAGGCCGUGCCAGAGGCAAUCGCGAUACGACAGAAUAUGACACGGGCAAACAGCAUCCAGCAGAACCCCUUGGUCGAGCCGAUCUCGCCCACUAAGAGUUUUGGCUCUCGAGCCUCGCAGGAUAGGCCGCUGUCGUCCGCAGGUUCACCCUUCAAAGAUUUGGGUUCAUCGCGGACUUCUCGGGACCUGCAGCCCUCGUCACCAUUCCGUGCCAGUGAUGAGCCGGGUUGGCCCUUGACAGAUAUCGGUGCCUCGCGAGCAUCUCGGGAGAUACAACCAUUGUCGCCGCUCCCUGCCGAUGAUUCCGCCGAUAAAGAGCCAGAGAAGGCACCCCAAGCGACAAGCAACAUACAGGAAUUUCGUAAAGUGGAUUCACCCGUGAGCCAGGAGGAAACCCACGAAGUCGUGGAGCCCACCAAGCCCAGCGCAGCAAAGGUAGAAGAAUCCUCGGUCACGACCACCCGCCCAGUUCGUGCCUGGCCCCCUGCACCUGUGGAAGAGGCUGCUACAACACCAAGUGUAGCUAAAGGCAAACUGGCGAGCCGAAUCAACCCUGCGCUUGCUUCCCUUCUUACUCGGGGUCCGCCUGCCCCUGAAGGACCGAAGCAGCUGCCGACCGCUGUCACCGCACAAAACGACUCUACGUCGCCAUCUGCGCCCCUCACACACGUCACAAAGGGUCGUGCCAGAGGGCCGAAGAGACGGCUUCCUCAGACGAUUGGUGCCUCGAACCCGUCCCCUCGGGAUGAUACUAAGGAGGUUGGUGCUAUUCCAUACUCUGAAGCCACCCCGUCACAAACUCCUCCAAUCCCUAUUGAAUCUUCGGAUUCCAAUCCGAAUCGCCUGUUGCAACCCGAUGAAAAUUCAGUUCCUGACACCGAAGACAUCCGUUCAGAUAGCCUAGUCACCGAGCAGCUCCCGGAGGUGAACGAUCCUCCCCAGAAUAUCCUCGAGCGCGAUACUCCCGAAAGCCGUUUCCCAUUAACUCUUCCGACCCGUUCCCUGACCACUGAUUUCAACAUCUUUCCCUCCCCCAAUCUUGAGGCCAGCCCGAGGGACCCCGAAAGCCCAGGAGAGGUGAGUCCAGGGAGCGGACCACCUGUUCCACCAAAGUCCAAUUCCACCACAUCUUCAUCGCCCGUAGCGUCAAAGCCGACAUGGGUCCAGCAAGACCAGUUCGUGUCCUCAUCGCCAUCUCCUCUCCGAACGAGCCAGUUGGAGAACCAGAUGCGUCAGCAGAAGCCCAUCCCCGGUGUAGUCAUUGAAUCAGCGCGCAGCUCGCUUGCACGACCCUUGAGCCAUCCCUCGCCGCCGGUGCCUCCUAAAGAUAGCGAUGUUCGACUCAACAAGCCGACCGAUCCGCGCAGACUGUCAAGAAAGAUGUCUGCUCCAUCAUUGGUUGCCCAAGCCAGCGAGGCACGCGAAGUCAUUGGUGGUUUCUUCAAAUCAUUCCCCGACCCCCGAGACCGCAUGGACAUUGAUCCCGGGCUGAUGCUGAUGCGUCAACCGGACGAUGUGAAGAUCAGGACCGUAAGGCGCCAGAUGUGGGAACUCACAGGCGAUGGCAGACGCCAGGAACUUCCUUCUCAUCAAGAGUACAUCUUGUACCAAGGCAGCAUGUAUCUCUGCGUGCACACUUACGAGACUGAACGGAACAGCGCUACGGAAGUCUACCUGUGGCGAGGAGACGAUGUCCCAGAUAGCUCGGUGGACGACGAACAGCCAUUCGCCCGCAAAGUCGCCCGUGAGAACAGCUGCAAGCUACAGAUCAUCCGACAGGGCAAGGAACCAACCCGGUUCAUCCAAGCGCUUGGCGGCAUCUUGAUCACACGUCGGGGAUCCAACUCGCGCCACAACUCAUCCGCUCUUUACAUGCUCUGCGGACGGAAACACUUAGGCGAAAUGGCCUUCGAUGAAGUGAAUUACUCAUUGCGCAAUCUCUGCUCUGGUUUCCCUUACGUUGUCUCUGCUCCCUUCGGCAAGCUCUACCUAUGGAAAGGCAAAGGCAGCGGGCCCGAAGAGACCGGUGCUGCCCGACUGAUCGGUAUGGAUCUUGGUUUGACCGGAGAGUUUGAAGAAGUCAGUGAGGGCGAAGAACCCGAAGACUUCUUCGAUGUCUUCGCCGGCCCUAAAGAAUCCGCGCCCCACAUGUCGCAGGAUUACUGGAAGCUCAAACCAAAGUAUAACCACUACCGCACGCGCCUCCUCCGCGUUGAUCACGAACUGAACCAGCCAACUCGAUUCUGGAACCUGCGUCGGCCGGGAUCGGGCUCACCGGUUGUCAAGCCCAAUGACUGUGUCCAGGAGAUCGAGCCAUUCUGCUACCGAGACAUCACCGAUAAGGAUGUUUACGUUCUGGAUACCUUCUUCGAGAUCUACGUCAUUAUCGGCGACCAAGCAACACAGAAAUCUGCCGAUUUUGCCUCGGCCGUGGUCUUCGCCCAUGAGUAUGGUAUCUUAGCCACCUCCCUCCAGGACAGACCCUUCAUCCCGAAGAGUUUCGUGGCACUAGGUGGCAUCCCGGAUCGCUGCCAAAGCGCAUUCCGCAAAUGGAAUCCACGCGCUCAGAAUGCUCCUUUUGUGUACCCUCUGGAUGUAGUCAUUGAAGCGCUUCGAUCGCCAGAGGAGGAUGAGUGA